CAAGUAGUUGCAGCCUGAUAAGCCGAAAGUCAGUUAAAAGCAAGAGUAGUGCAAGCACUACUAGUAGCAGAUCAUCUCUAAAGGUAAUAUAUAAUAAAAGGUUUGAACUUGGUUUGACAUUCAGCAGAAUGCACAUAUUCAUGUGCUUUGGAUGAAGAGAAUUGCUGGAGAGCAACUGCAUGUACUUCUGUCUGCUGUGUGAGCUACUUUUUUAUUUUGACCAGAAUGAAAAUUGGAUAUAUAUCCAUUAGCGUUCUGUUAUUUUACCCCAGUUUCUCUUAGCCUCCUUACAUUUUCUAAUUUGCCCUUCAAAUUUGUUAAGCCUCCAAGUAACUGUUUUUGUCAGUAAAAAAUAACAACAAUAUUAUAAUUAACAUGUCAUUCCCAUAGUUAAAGUCUGUUUGCAACCACUUUCAUAAUUUCAUAGGCUGGCAUGAAUUUUAUUUCUAGAAAUCAAGUGGUGAAAGUAAUUGGCUGGCAAAUAGAGGCAGAUAUACCUAAUUCAAUACCGUGUUAAUGUGCCAAACUUAACAGUCUUGUUGCACGAGCAGUGAAAUCUUCUAAUUUCUUCAUAGGUUAUAGGUAAAAAUUAUGCACAUGUGUUUGGCAUAGAAUGUAGUUUUUCAGUCAUUAAAUGUUCAAGUUUUGAAUUUGUGAUUGUUGUGGCAGUAAACUAUUAUUUCAACACAGUGCAAGUACUGUUUAACUGGUAGUGCAGUAUUAUUUAUUUGUGUUACAAAUGCAGUCCAAAGGUGAGAUAAAGCCCAGAGAUAAAAAAAUAUGAAAAAAAUUCUGUAUACUUUUAUACUAGUGCCAGUGAUGUUCAUGUGUACUCAUAAAUAUAUAUUUUAAGCUUCAAGGUUGUAAUCUGUUUCUGAAAUGCUUUUAAACAUGAACCAGAAUAUCAUGCUGGUAUGCUAUAUAUACUCCUAUACUAUUGAUUAUAAUAGUACCUUUAUGUGUAGAGUUUUAGAUUGGCUUAUGGAGGAGAUUAAUGUUUUCUUAGUCCUAUAACCUAGGACGCAAUAUUCAUGAAUAUUGCAUCCUAGCUAUAGCCUAAUGCAGAUUAGAUCUGACUGUGCAUGAAGCAUUGAUCUUUGAUGUGUUAAGACAAGUAUGUUUGCUUUACUCUUUUUGAUAUUGACAUUAACUUAGGUACCAGUGCAGGUGAAACCUAUGUAAAGUGGCAUAAAUAUCUUAAGCCCAUAUGCCUCAAACGAAUGCAUACACACAAUCAUACAGACACUUGAUGUAUCUUAAUGUCACUGUGAUUGGGUGUGUUUUUGUUCAGAGGGGGUUUGAGAGAGUGUAAUGCAUUAUCUUAACUAUGAAGGACAUGGUCAUGUAGUAGAGUUCAUAUUAAAUUUUUACCAUGAUGAAAUAUUGGGGAUAAGGAAUGAGGUGUUUUUGUUACAGCUUGAUGUGGUAAAGAAUGUGUUUUUGUAUUUUCAGUGUACAGUAUGUCGUUAUCAUAUAUUUAUUGAUGCAUAGAGAGCAUUGCCAUCAUUUUUGAAAUAUGCAGGCAUCUUAUAUUGAUAUUAGAAAAAUAUCUGUACUCAUGGAGCAUUUGCAUAAUACAUGUAGGAUACACACAAAGACAGUGAUAGCACUGCCUCAGUCAAGUCGCUCACAUUUGAGAAUGAAAACAACACUGCAGCUGGAACGUCCGCGGCUGAGCCAAGUUUUGGGGGUGAAGUUAUAAGUGGCGAGGAAGAAUACAGUGUUAAAACUGCAACCCAAAUGAAAGGAAAUGGAGAAAAGGGCUUAUCCAGUAUUGCAGAGGCUCCUUUUGAAGGAAUAAAAGAUCCUGCACUGGAUUUCAGAGAGGCAAGUCUCAGAGAUGGAGAGUUGGAGGUCAAUGAAAGAAUGCCCAUCACCUCCACCAUUGCUGCAGAGCAGACAGAAAAGGCACCUCCCGAAGCAAUCAAGGAAUUCAAUGCAAUCCAGGAUUCAAACAGCUUCCAAAAUAGUUCAGUUGAAAAGAAGCCCACGUCUGACUCUUUGCAAGAGGAGGUGGUUUUCUUUAUUGAGGAGAAAACUGAAAUUGAGAUGAAGUCAGUUGACAUCAACAAAGAACUGCUGGAAAAGUAUAUGGCUUUGGAGAAGGAAAUCCAUGAGAAAGAAAACAAAAAUGUUGUCAAAGCCUUGCAAGUGAAAAAGAAAGAAGUAGCUGAACUUUCUGAUACCAUACAGCAGUUGGAAGAACAUUACAAGAAAUGUGUAGAACAGACGAAGAAGGAAAAGGCCGAUGUAGACAAUGCACCAUCUGUACAACAACUUUUGAAUGCAGAAGAAUACCAAGCUAUGCUAACAAAGGAACAGGAGGAAUACCUUGAUGCAGUCAACAAUGAAGAAAUUGCUAAGAAGCAAUUGGUUGGCGUAACUGCACAGAGAGACAAAGUAGCCAAGGAAGUGGAGGAGAUGAAGCUGGCAGCAGAGGCCUUACAGAAACUUUACAAGGAGCAGGAUGAAUUGUUAGCUUCUGUGUUUAAUGGUAAAUAUGGCAGUGAAAAGGAGUACAAACUGGAAUCAGAGCUAGACAUGCUUCUGGACCAUCACCAGAGAGUUAGUGUGGCCAAAUUUAAAUGGCAAAAUGCUCGUACCCUGUUGCAGCAUGGCUGCAACCAACUGUCAUUUGCUUGCAAAAAAUGGCUGGAACUUUUAAAAGUACAACCAAAUGAUGUACCAAGGAAGUACACCAUAACAACAGAAACAAGAAACAACCUGAUUGCUGCGUCCCAGAACAUCACAAGUGCCCAGCGUUACCUCCACGGCAUAACCUUCCCAUACUGCACCAAAGCCGAGAUGGACACCCUGAAUAAAGCCACCACAAAUAUUUAUUCGGAUAUGAACACAGGAGAAAGACACCAGCAUGCUUAUCAAUGCUACAUCACAACAUACAAGAGGUGUGCUGCCCUGAUACAGUGGUUUGACCAUGUAAUUAACAAUACAAUCAACAAAGAUAUUGCUAAUGCCACUAAGAAAGUCAAUGAAAAGGAAAAGGAACUGAGACAGGAGAGGGUAACCCUUCUCGUUGCCAGAGUGAAGGAGGUUCUGGGAACAGAUGUGGACUUUACUGUGUCAGAUGAGAACAUGUUUGAUGACAGUGUUGAAGAGAAGGAACUUGUGGACAUUAUAGAUGCUGAUGCAGUAUCAACAAAUGGAGAAGAUGUGGAGAAACCUGAGGGGGUCAUCACAGGUAAUGAACUGGCACCUGGUGACAAUGACAGCAUAUCUGCCACGCCACUACCUCUGAAUGAACUGGCACCACCUCCUUCUCAGGAAGACCUCUUUGGAGACAUAGAGGAGCUGAAGAAACAACACGAGCGUGAGAUGGAAGAAUUCCAAAGAGCUCAAGAAAUCAACAAAGCUCGUAUGGACCAAGGUUUACAAGAAAAAUUGAAAGCUAGGCGUAGUCGCAGACAAAGACAGGAGGCCUUGGAAGUCAGCAGUUAAAUGAACAAUACAGUAUUAACUACCCUUAAUGUGGUCUUAGAGUGUGGUCCAGUCCUUUACUUUAAGUCAAAGAAGUUUUGUACUAACUGCUGGUCUUUUGACCUAAGUAAGAAAAUGUGAAUUUGAUAUGUGAAUUAACGUUCAAGUAUACAUCAUUUUUUAAUGUGUACUUUCUUUAUGUAUAUUUGUUAAUCUAAUGUUACCUUAUGUGUCAUGUAUACAUUUAACAUCAGUUUAAUAUAAAAGGGAACAAAUAAUUGUGUUGUAAACAAAUGCAAGAGAACCAUUUCUAAAAGUUGUGAACAGGGAGUCAUGUUUUACAAGUCAGAACUUUGCUUUCUUUUUUCCCCAUGAAAGUCAUUAUUGUAAAAUAAAUGUUUUAAUUGCUUCCUUACUGAACACCGAUUAUUAGUAUGGCACAAGGCAUUUUAUACAUUGUAUUUUUCUUAUCUGAUAUUAUAAUCAAACAGAUUAAUAUAAAAAUACUUUUACAAAGUUACUAAGGCUCAAAAAAGCAAUGAAGUGUAAAAAUGCUGAUAAAUUGGUUUUAUUUUGAAUUUAGGUUCAUCUUUUGUAUUUUUUGUUCUAUAACAAUUGCACCACAUACAGCUACCAUUAUAUAGUAAAGGGUGUUUCAGGUGUAGCGUGUACAUUGUUGUGGACCAAAAGGGUGCAUUUACCGAGUAUUAGAAGGACCUUGCAGAACUGUCAUAUAAAAACACUAGAAAUGUAAUAUUUACCGGUACUGCUCUGUGAUUUAAGGCAUAACAGAACAUUCUUAAGUGCAUUACAUGUACAUAAUAUAAUAUAAUUAUACACUGACCAAAAAGUUUGGAAACAAUGUUAUUUUUAAUAAUUAUAAAAUAACCAUAUGAGCUAAGGUAAAUAUAUAUUUUAGCCAAAUAUUGAUGGAUAAUGCAACUACCAUUAGUUACAUUUUUAUAUACACUGAAGAUUUUCCCACUACAUUACAUAGUUUUUAAUUAUUGAAAAACAAUUCCAAACUUUUUUGGCCAAGUGUAUAAUAGAAUAUAAUUUGAUAUCUAGUAAUGUGAGGUCUGAUAAGGCCCACUAUUGACAUAUUGAGGUGGUCUCCAAAUAUAUAAUUGACCAAUGGCAUAAUUGCUGAUCAUUUUACCAAUCAGAAAGAACACAUUAUCAACAAUGCUAGAUGACAGUGAUGAUGCAAAUUUUGAUGUUAACUUGAAGGACACUGACAUUUAUAUUUCUUUUCUGAGGUCUGCAAAAUGACAUAUUGACCUCACUUAAAGUCAAUAAUUGUAUAUAUA